GAUGGAGAGUUCUAAUAAAUCCAACGGCCAAGGAAUUGAGGCAGAAAUGCCAUCGACGAACAUGAUGCUCGAAAGGGGCGCCGUGUCGCCGCGGCGUCGGCCACCUCACGCCACCGAGGACGGUGGCUCCGGCGAGAACGCUUUCGGCGCCGUCGACCAGUCCAAGACGCGAAAGAGCAUGUCUGCUGCCAUGUUGUUCGCCAAUUACUUGAUCCGCACCGGCUAUUUGUGGUCGAUUCUGAUUUUAGGGCUUCUUCUCGUGAUUAUCUGUUCCUACGCUCUUCGCUCGCGAGAUUUGGUCUGCAUCUCGGCUUCCUCCUCCAAUCACGUGUCGCAGUUGUUUCCAGGGCCCGAUGCGCUCGAGUCGGAUUUUGGUUCCCUUGGCGUUCCCUGGUGUAGAUCGAAGCACGGAAGGACUGUAGAGUGGACAUCAGAGGAUUUGCUCAAAGGCCUUGAGGAGUUUGUGCCAAUAUACGACACCCGACCUAUUAAGAACAACACAUAUGGAAUGGGAUUCGACCACAGUUUUGGACUUUGGUUCAUCACGAGAUGGUUGGAGCCGGACUUGAUGAUUGAAAGUGGUGCUUUCAAGGGACAUUCAACGUGGGUUUUGAGGCAAGCUAUGCCUCACACAAGGAUUUUGUCGCUAUCACCUCGUCAUCCUGAGAAGUACCUGAAGAAGGGACCUGCCUAUGUUGAUGGAAAUUGCACCUACUUUGCUGGGAAGGAUUUUGUUGACUUCGGAAGCAUGGACUGGGGAAAAGUGUUGAGACAGCAUGGGAUCAAAGAUCUUACCCGGGUUCUUGUGUUCUUUGAUGAUCAUCAAAAUGAACUUAAGAGAUUGAAGCAAGCAUUGAAAGCCGGCUUCAAACAUCUUGUUUUCGAGGACAACUAUGAUACGGGAACUGGGGAUCAUUAUUCAUUCAGGCAAAUAUGUGAUCAGUUUUACAUAAAAGGCGGUGGCCACAGCUGUUUCAAAGACAGCGACGAAGCCCGGACAAGAACCCGAAGAAAGAAACUCUACGACAAAGCAGUCUCCACCCAAGAGCUAUGCGGGGCUGGGGAAGCAUGGUGGGGCGUAAGAGGACACAUGCGCGACGACUUCAACCACAGCAACAAGGCGAUUACAUACACCGAGCAUUUCCAAAACAGCAGGUACGUGGAAUCAGUGCUCGACGUUUACUGGGAACUUCCCCCCGUUGCUGGCCCUUCCCUCACUCACCAAACAAGAUACGACCCUGCGCGCGCCCCCACCCCCAUCGUACAGGACGGCCAGUACCGGCUGUUUCAAAGCCUCGGCCUUUCGCAACUCAACCCCUCGGCGUUCAAUGGCUACACUCAGAUGGUGUAUCUCCAGGUAUCCGACGCAGGAAAAUGAGCCGUCGGUGCUACACGAUCGAUCCCGCGUCGGAAACCUGUUGGCUGCUUGUUCUUGUAUGUUUUUUUGAAUUUGUUGUGUGAUCUUUGGUUGUUGAUAGUAAGUGGUGAUGAAGGAAGGUUGUGUUCCAUGCAAAUUUGGGAUAUGACAAAAUGUAUGAAUUUUUUUUUGGUAACUCGUAAAAGUGUAGGUUUUCACAUGAAUUUGUUAUAUAGUAAAGGUUUGGGCGGCUUUUUUUAUUUAUUUU